CGGUCUUUAACUGAGCAGCAGGGCACGGACGGUGUGGGACAAGCAGGACGGUUCCGCUGCGGGACAGCCCGUCUUCUCUGUUAACGGCCAGUCCUCGUCGUUUUUAAAUCUUCAGAAAAACGCUCGGUCAGUCAGUCUUCAUCCAGAUGACCGUGACUCAAGACCGGCCGAUGACCUAUGCCAAAAUGAGAGGGCUUGUGUCGUUUUUCUCAGCUCUGCUCAAGGGGAAGAAAGUUGGCUUCAGUGACUUCUUACACAAACUUGUCUCCAGUCAACAACUUUGCCAACACUUGGACACCCAGAAAAUCCUGCGGCGGCAGAGCAGGCUGAGAAAAGAGAAGAACGAGAAAAGAGCUGUGAGAUCAGUGAACACAGAAACCUCUCAGAUGAAGCCAUCAGACUUUGAUUACCUUAAAGUUAUUGGCAGAGGAAGCUUUGGAAAGGUGCUGCUCGCAAGGCAUAGAAAACAAGGAGGCUACUAUGCUGUGAAAGUGCUACAGAAACAGAUGAUUGUCAAAAGGAAAGAGCAGAAGCACGUGAUGGUUGAGAGGAGCGUACUGCUGAAAGGACUGCAACAUCCAUUCCUGGUGGGACUCCACUUCUCUUUCCAGACACCAAAUAUGCUCUACUUCGUCCUGGACUACGUUAAUGGAGGGGAGCUUUUCUACCACCUCCAGAGAGAGGGGUCAUUUCCUGAACCCAGAUCUGCUUUCUACGCUGCAGAGAUGGCCAUGGCGCUGGGCUACCUCCACUCUCUCGACAUUGUUUACAGAGACCUCAAACCAGAGAACAUCCUGCUGGACAGUGGGGGUCAUGUGAUGCUGACUGACUUCGGGCUUUGUAAAGAAGGUGUGGCCAUAGGUGGGAUUAUGCAUACAUUCUGUGGGACUCCUGAGUACCUCGCUCCAGAGGUUCUACAAGGCCAUCCGUAUAGUCCAGCAGUAGACUGGUGGGGGCUCGGCACUGUGCUUUUUGAGAUGCUCUAUGGACUGCCUCCAUUUUACAGCCGCAGCAAAGCAGAGAUGUUUGAGAAUAUACUGCACGCUCCUCUGCAGCUGCGUGGUGGAGUGUCUCAGGCUGCACGCUCACUGUUAGAGGGCUUGCUGGAGAGGGAUGUCUCCAAACGCUUAGGGGAGAGCAGUGACCUUGUGGAGCUGCAGGAACAUGCCUUCUUUGCCUCCACCAACUGGGAUGACCUCCUGGCCAGGAGAGUGACACCCCCGUUCAUCCCAAAAGUGACUGGUCCCUGUGAUGUCAGCCACAUUGACCCUGAGUUCACGCAGCAACCUGUCCCUGCCUCCGUGAAUGAGCGGUGUCAGGCAGGUGGGGCCAGCGAGGCCUUCCCAGGAUUCUCCUUCAUGAACCCAGCAGAGUACAUGGCAGCACAGCUGGUUUCAUAACAACACCAAAUCCUCUGGGAGCAUGUUUGUUCAAAUAUUUAUUUUUUAUGUCAUAAAUUAUUAAAUCUAAGUCUAUUUUUAAACACUUGAGCAAAAAAUCUUAUCUUUCACUAAAGCUAAAAAACACAGUAUGUUUCAUUGGUUACACUUAACUAAAUGUUAUGUAAGUAUAUUUUUCUUACUGUUAUUUUAAGCAUUGGUAUCAGUUCAUAAUGUGAAAUAGGCUGGUCACUACUUCACAAGCCCUUGCUACCUUAAUGUGUAAGGGGAUGAAACAAUAAACAAUUUAAUUCAAAGCAGUUUUAUUGUUUAACACUUAACAUUUAUAUCUUUAAAAUAUACAGCAAACAUGUAUUGCAGCAUUCCCAUUUACCUGUUACAUUCACAGCUUACAAAGGUACUGAAAAUACUGCACAGGCUGCCUUAAAGUCCUGCAUAGUGACAGAGACAUUGUGCAUCACUAGCAAAAUACAGAGAACAUCUCCUUGUGGCAUUUAUAUGAAAACAACAGGAUGCCAGUCUAUUGACAACUCGCAAACACAAAUUGGAUCCAGCUCUGACUUUAUGUGUGAUGGCGAGGAGGCUUUUCUUAGUGACAAACAGAAAAAAUAAAAAGCCCAUCACCGUGGAGAAUCUAAUGGGUGUCUCCAGGAAGAGAGCAUCUGGUCUGAUCCUUUCUACCCCACUUCACAAGACUGUUUACGAAACAGUCUAUUCACAGAGUUUUCUCUCUUGUCAGUAGAUGCUGAAGGAGGAGUAGCUCUGGUCACUCUGGCACGUGAAAUAAGCUAUCAGCUGACCAUUGCAGAUCAUCAGAAACAAGCCGCUACCUAUGGGACAACAAAAAGGUAGAGCAUUAGAAAGACCGCCGCUCACAAAAUUAGAUGCAAUUACUUACAAAUAAAGGGCCAGUCACUGUUUGUUUUACCUAAAGCCAGCCACCACUGCCACACCAUGGGAAAUUCCAACAUUACUGUAACGUGGAAACAAAACAUGCAAUUUCACAAUGCAUUCUAUAAUUUGUGUGAGUAACCUGGGUCAAUACUUUGUUAGAUUUCUGCUCACCAAGGCUGGUGAUUAUUACAUGCAGAAGUGUGACAGUGAGGGCAUAGUCCCACACCCGCCUCCUCACCACCGCAGCAAACAAAAGGCCACUGCAAAAGUAGGUGAGCUCCAAGGAUAGGAGGUUCACUGAUGGAGACCAAUACAGCAAGAAAAUACAGUAUUAGUACAAAGUUCACACUCGCUGUUGAUCAUGUUGACCGCAUAGAGUAUGCUCACCCAAGUAUUUGGAGUUAGAUUCAGCAGGUUCGGUCUUAAAGUCAAAUGGAAUCAGUCCGUCAAAGUGGUCCAACCUAAAUGAGGAGAAAUGACUGUAAUUGGUGCAGACCAGCAAUUUAAUGAAAGUGCAGUUAGUGUUAGGUGUAAGUGUAUCUCAGCUCUUAUAUUAUCUACAUGGGAUCAGUAUAGCCCACAGGAUGUGGAGAAGUAAUGUAAACACUCAUGAAAGAGGACUUUUAUUUUGAGAUAACUUAAUCUCCCUUCGUUGUAAACACCACAGCUAUUUUUCAGUGUUUUGGAUCAAGUCAAACAGUGCCGCGAAGGCGUUGCUAUAGACAGAUUAACCUGGUAAUGGGGCCCUGUGGCAAAAAUAAACUGUUGGACUCCUAUUGACCCCUGUUGCUGCUGCUCUGUGAGCACUGUGUAUAUAUCUCAUCAUCUCCAAAUACCCAUAAACCGCAGACUACACACCAUGUUUUGCCAAUUCA